CACUCUCUCUGCUCUCUGCUCUCAUCACUCUCUCUCUCUCUCUCUACGUCCAUAUCUCUUCGCCGUCGCUGAUGGAGUCCACCGGCGACCGCGACCCCGCCGGCGGCCACCGCCGCCACCGGCCGGAUGAGAGAGGCCAGAAGCGCAAGGCGGAGGCGGGGCCGGGGCCCUACGUCGGUCCCCGCUCUUCCGCGGAGUGGUUUGAACUGAUCAGGCGCGUGGUCACGGAAGCCGACCCGGCGAAGCUGGUGCCCCUCGCGAUCGAGAUGGUCGGCAUCCUCGACCGCACCUUCUCCUGGCGCGAGGACGAUCGCGACGACGCCCAGAGCGCCAUUGGCAUCCUUGCUGCACUCGCCGAGAAGGGUAAAUGUGUGAACGAGAUGGUUGAGAAUGGAGUAAUUCCUGCUUUAGUGAAGCAUUUGCAAGCGCCGCCUUCGGGAGAAGGGGACAAGUGCGAGAAGUUUCGCUGGCAUGAAGUUGAGAAGUCGAGUGCAUACGCUCUGAGAUUGCUUGCUGAGAAGCCAGAGCAUCGACAACUCAUAGUUAAUGCUGGUGCCUUAUCCCAUCUACUCAAUCUGUUGAAGCGGCACAAAGCAGGCUCUAGUUCACAGUCUGUGAAUGGUCUUAUUCUAAGAGCAGCCGAGGCUAUUGCAAAGCUUGUUCUAGGUAAUAGCAGCGCCAACUUCCUUGUAAGGAUGGGAGGUGGUAUUCCACUACUGGUUGAGUUGCUAGAUGCCAAUGACAAAUAUGUGCAAGGUGCAGCUGCCGUGGUGUUGUGCAUGCUGGCUUUGGAAAAUAAAGAGAAUAGGAAUCAGAUCUUGGAUUGUGGUGCUCUUCCAAGCAUUGUGUUGAUGCUCAAAUCUGAGAAUGCUGACAUACACAUUAAGGCGGUUGCAUUGAUUAGUGUUCUAGUGCGCUCAUCUCCAAAAAUAAAGAAGGAUGUUCUGGCUGCUGGAGCUUUGCAACCUAUCAUUAGAUUGCUCAGUUCCAGCUGUGUUUUGAGCCAGAAGGAGGCAGCUCGCUUAGUUGGGCUAUUUGCUGCUGCCAAUUCAGUUUGUAAGGCUAUCGUUCAGAGGGGUGCAGUACGUCCACUUAUUGAGAUGCUUCGAUCACCUAAUCUUCAAGCGAGGGAAUUUUCGGCUUCUGCAUUGUGGAGAUUGGCUCAGAACUCAGACACUCAGGUUGGUAUUGCUCAUGAGGGCGGCUUACUGGCAUUACUGAGACUUCUAGAUUCAGAAAGUGAAUCAUUGCAGGAUGUUGCUGCAUGUGCUCUUCAUUCUUUAUUGAAUAAUGAGGAUAACGUGUCAGAUUUUAUAACUAUUGGUGGAUUUCGGAAGCUACAGAGAGGAGAAUUCACUGGCCGAGCCACAAAAGUUCGUGUUAAAAGAACAGUGAAGAGAUUAGAGCAAAAGAUUCGAGGCCGAGUCUUCAAACACUUAUUGCUUUUAAUGCGUGCAUCAAAGAGUACCAUCCAAGGAAGAGUAGCUGUAGCUCUUGCACACCUUUGUCUCCCAACAAAUCAACGGAUGAUUUUUAUCGAUAAUAAUGGAUUGAAGUUGCUACUUGGGUUACUUAUUUCUUCAUGUCCCGAGGAGCAAGUUGAUGGUGCACUAGCUUUGUUCAAGUUGGCUAAUAAAGCAAUGAUCUUUUCACCUUUAGAUGCAGAUUCUCCUGCUCCAGCACCGCAAAUCUAUCUGAGCGAGCAGUAUGUGAACAAUGCUAUGCAAUCUGAUGUAACCUUUUUGGUUGAAUCCAGACAAUUCUACGCGCACAGAAUUUGCUUGUCUGCUUCUUCAGAUACAUUCUGUGCAAUGCUUGAUGGCGGUUAUCAGGAGAAGGAUGCAACUAGCAUAGAGAUUCCAAACAUAAGAUGGGGGACUUUUGAGUUGAUGAUGAGGUUCAUGUAUUCCGGGUCAGUUAAAAUUACACCAGAUAUUGCACCAGAGCUUCUAAAAGCUGCUGAUCAGUAUCUCAUUGAAGGACUAAAGCGACUUUGCGAGCAUGCCAUUGCACAGGAACUAUCUAUGGAAACUAUUUUAACUCUCUAUGAACUCUCCAAAGAUUUCCAUGCGACAUCAUUGAGGCAUUCAUGCAUCUUGUUCAUCCUGGAGCAUUUCCAUGAAUUCAGGCAUCGGUACUCUCAUCUAAUUCAAGGAAUUGUGUCGGCAAUACGUGAUUAUUUUUCUGAAGUGUUGACUAAGUUAACCUACAUGCAAAAGGCGUGAAAGCGCAGCAAUUUCAUUUGGCUCUGGCUAGUUAUGGCGUUUAGAGAAAGUUGGCAGGCCUCUUGAUGUAGGAGCAAGCCAAUGGUGGACCAUCUAUACUUAUCUCUGAGCCCUAUUUUACUCCAUAGAUAAAUUUUGCAAGAAUUGAAUAUAGUCCAACUCUGACAUGGUAUAGUUCUUUUCAUCUGCCCACAUUCAAUUAAACUAAAGGAGGCUUUCUUAGCCAUUCAGGCACACACAUCUUUCUUUCUCGAACAGGGACCGAUUAGAAAACAUUGCGU